AUGAGAGUUCACUGGAGCGUGUCCUUGGUCCUGGUUAGCGGCUGCUCUCUGCUGCUCUGGCCCGCCGUGAUGUCUUGCGGGCCGGGUCGGGGCUACGGGAGCAGGAGGAGACAGAACCGCAAACUCACGCCGCUCUCCUACAAACAAUUCAUCCCCAGCGUGCCGGAGAAGACGCUGGGAGCCAGCGGCAAGUCCGAGAGCAAGAUCACCAGGAACGCGUCCCGUUUCAAGGAGCUCAUUCCCAACUACAACCCGGACAUCAUCUUCAAAGACGAAGAGAAAUCCGGUGCGGACAGACUGAUGACUCAGCGGUGUAAAGACAAGCUGAAUGCUCUGGCGAUCUCUGUCAUGAACCAAUGGCCAGGGGUGAGGCUGAGAGUAACAGAAGGCUGGGAUGAAGACGGUCACCACUCUGUGGAAUCCUUGCAUUAUGAGGGUCGAGCUGUGGAUAUCACCACCUCGGAUCGAGAUCGCUCCAAGUACGGGAUGCUAGCCCGUCUGGCAGUGGAAGCAGGAUUUGACUGGGUCUAUUAUGAAUCCAAGGCUCAUAUCCACUGUUCUGUCAAAUCAGAUCAUUCCAUGGCGGCAAAGACUGGUGGCUGCUUCCCUGGAAACGCCAGCGUCCUGAUGGAAGAUGGCAGGAGGAAGAGAGUGUCUGACCUCCAGCCUGGAGACCGUGUACAGACUGUGGAUCACGGAGGGAAUGUUGUUUUCAGCAGCUUCGUGACCUUCCUGGACCGGGACCCCAGGGCGGUGAAGGUAUUUCACCAGCUAGAGACCCUGGAGCCACCUCGCAGGCUGCUCCUGACAGCCGCCCACCUGGUGUUUGUGGCCGACAACUUCACAUCGGACCUGGGCAAGUUCAGAGCCACCUUCGCCAGCAAUGUGAAGGUUGGCCAGUACUUGUACGUGGUGGGCCAUUCGGGCCAUCGGCCGGCGAGGGUGACUGGCAUCACGAUGCGCGAACUCGAGGGCGCCUAUGCCCCUUUGACCCAGCACGGCACCCUGGUGGUGAACGGCGUCUUGGCAUCCUGUUUCGCUGCCAUUGAUGGGCAUGGACUGGCGCAUCUGGCCUUCGCCCCCCUUCGCCUCUGCUACCAGUUGACCUCCAUCUUUGGUGGGGGCGCAUCGCGGCAGGAGGGCGUGCACUGGUACUCCUGGCUCCUGUACCGACUGGGCAGGUUCCUCCUCAGCGCUGAGUACUUUCACCCGUGGGGCAUGGCACAGAGCUGA